AUGGCAAAAGAUCUCGAUCCCUCCGUUACGAUUAUUGAGAGCUCACUACUAUCCAAGUUCUUUAACCAAAAAGACCAACAGAAAACGCCGUCCUUAGAGUAAGUCCAUCGAAAAGGUGCCGCCAUUCCCCAGCUAGCAUCCAAGUUUUAUAGACCAUCAACUGAUAGAAGCACUUCCCAGGCUGCCCCAACCUCUGGUCACUGUGCACCUGAUGUGGCUUGGGGUAGAAACAAGAACAUACUUGAUUCACAAGAACAUCAUUUGCAAAUACUCCCCAUUUUUCGAAGCCGCAUUCAUCUCAAAUUUCAAAGAGGGCGAAACCCAAAGGAUGGAGCUAUGGGGAACGUUCGGUGAUACAUUUGGUAUAUUCUUGAAUUGGCUCUAUAAGCAAAAGAUCGUAGACGAAAAUGGUUGGGUUACGUCCGCCGAAGCUCUCAUAGACCCGUGGUUGCUAGCACAGCGGUUUUUAGUUCCUCAAUUACAAAACCAGGCAUUGACCCUGUUGGAGAACAUACGCGGACUAAAGAAAGAGAAUAAUAGGCGACUACCUCCUUUGAUGUUGAAAUGGAUAUACAAUAACACAUCAGAGGAUUCUGUACUUCGACAAUACGUUAUUGCGACGUGGCAUGAUGGGGUUAUCGCGGAAAAGGAUGGAUUUCUCCAUCCCCGGUUGUUGCUUCUUGAUAUUGUGAACUCAAACUAUUCGAAAAUGAGACUAGCAGAGCUCCAAUGGAACCAGCAAUAUCCAUCAACACAACCUCAAAAAGAACCCGUUGGACUCUCGAUAGAUGAGUUAAAGAAAUUCUACGUUGAUGAAACGAUCGUACGUGCCAAGCAUCCAAACAGACGAAAAGACAACGCAGAUGGACUAGAAUAUGAGGGGAACGAGGAAGAAGACAUGAACGAGGACGAAGACACCGAACACUGA